CUUCCCCACAAAUACACUAACUUAUGGAAAAUAUGAAAUAAAACUCAAACGCGCACGCCAGGUCGUUAAAUUGUCAAACCAAAAAAGAGAGAAACCCUAAAACCCUCUCUGCUGAGCUAUGGAUCCUCAACCAGAACCUGUCAGCUACAUCUGUGGAGAUUGUGGAAUGGAGAAUACUUUAAAGCCAGGAGAUGUUAUUCAGUGCAGAGAGUGCGGUUACCGUAUUCUUUACAAGAAGCGUACUCGUCGAAUUGUGCAAUAUGAGGCACGCUGAGGGAUGGAUGGGGAUGUGCAUUUUGCGCCUGAAUCAGCAUCGAGGCAUGGUUGGCGUAUUGGAUGUGUUAUGUCUGCCUUUUAGUUUCAUGAGACCACCAGCAGUAUAGCUGAUUUAGUAUUGGAAUCAUAUGAACCGUAUAUACUGUGAAGUGUUUCUGUUAGCCCUUGCAACUUGUUAAUGGAUGAAGAUUAAAAGUUUGUGCUUGUGACAUUCUGAUACAAUGAAAGGUUGUUAAUUA